AUACACUUCUCUGAUUUGGUGAAAAUAUGGCAGCUGGUGGGGAGGAUUUUGAUUCUUGGCUGAGUUUGAAAUUGCUUGCUCUCAAUAUCGAUGAAGGAGUAUUUGGAUCUUACAUUAAAGGCAUUUUGGACGGAGAUGAAUCACUGGAGGAUAAAACUGAAGCCUUGGAAGGGAUUCUGUCAGAGAUAACAGAAAAUGGUAUUAGAAACCACUGCAGAGAGAUUCUGGAGAAGUGGCGAAACACUUCUCAGGCAGCUAGUUCGGUAAAGGAAGCAGAAGUUGCAGGAGCAGAAGCAAUGGAUAUAAAACUGGCAAAACUCAUGGAAUCUCAAGCUCGUCCAACAACUGUUCAGAGAACUUACACAGAUGAGGAAAGAAGAAUUCGUGAAGCUAUUUUGGCACAGUAUAGUCAGAUGUCGGACCAAGACGAUGAUGAGGAUGAUGGUGACAGAGGUGCUGAAGCGAAAGAGAAUGGACUUGUAAAGAACACUAAUGCCUCAGUCGUCCAGCAGGCUGAGAAAGAAAAAAGAGAAAAAGCAAAACUGGAAAGUCAGAAAAAGAAGGAAAAAGAUAGAGAAGACAGAGAGAAGCAGAAACAAAUUCAACAAGAAAAAAAGGAGAAACGCAAAACACAGAAGGGGGAGAGACGAAGAUAGCAAGAUCUCUCAAACAUCAAAUUACAUUGUAUGUGUUGUGCUGUGUUAAUUUAUUGCCAUUGGAUCAGUUAUGUUGAUUGUAGUACCUACAGUAUCCUUAAUCAGCUGUUUUAUCUCAGCUGCCUUUUAGGAUGUCCACAUUAGUAUUAGUGAGGGCACAGCUUGGGGUAUUACAAUGCCAUGAGUGGCUGCCACAAAUGGACGAUGUCUCUGCAGUAGACAUUUGAGUGAAAUAAAAUUGACUUUAUAAAGUGCAUCAGUUUUGUGACAUUUCAAUCACUGUUUGUUUUUUUGUCCCCCCUCGUUGUAGUAAGACCUUUUCCGUAUCAGACAUUGUUAUAUUGUAAUUUCCUGUAGUGGAUUUCAAUACUUGUGAGAAGCAUUUUCUGUGUUACAUAUUUUUUAAUAAUAAUAAUAUUUUUAUUACUGUUGUUGACUUUUAUCGCCAUUGUUGCUAAUUAUUACUGCUAGAAUCUCCAUCACUUGUCUGUCUUAUAAUUUCUCGUGUUGGAAGAAUUGAGAGUAAUUAGAAAAGUAAAAGUGUCAUGAUGUCAGGAUUAUGGGGAUCAUGCAUGGUAAUCCUUUCAUAAAAUUAAGUUGUAUGUUAAUUAUUGUAUUCAAAUUAUAUUUAGAUUAUUUAUAAGAAAAUGAGCCCCUUUCUGGUAAUAAGAUUUUUAAGAACAAUCAGUAAAACAAUUUCUGUGUAUAACAAGAAUGAAAAUUUCUGGACGGAGCACAGGAACAUAUAACAGAAAAUACUGUUCACACUAGCUUUUGAGCACUAGCUCUCUUCCCAAUGGUAGUACACACAUUCACACACACGAUGAUGCAGAUACCCAAACACUCACACUCCGUACCCAUAGUGAGACUCAGUUUCAGAAAUUUUCCCUCAGUUUUUGUUGGCUGCAUAAAUCAUGCCUUAUUUGUGUUGUUUUGAAUGAAAGCCAACAAAUUACAUAAAAAAACUAAUGAUUUGUGAUUAAGGUACGCUUUUUACAAGUAUUAUAUAAUUGUGUCUUUUUAAUACAGCUUUUAUCAUUGAUAUUGUUUUUAGUUUUGGGGGUGAUUACAGUUGCACAUGUGUCUCUAGCAUCUAUGCAGUUGUAAGGUUUAGUGGGGGGAGUGAAUAAGGGAAAGUUACUGAGGAGGAAUGUGAGUUAGUGCUCUUCAUCUGCAGAUUUAAAUUCAAAAUUCACUCAAACCUUCCAAAGGCAAAUUGUUUUUUAUGUCUGUAGUAAAGGAUGUUUUUGAAACUAGCAAUUAUACUAUUACUGUUCUUCUUGCAAGCAGUAAUAUAAAUUUUUAUCAGAAGUUUUUGUUCUACCCACUGGAGGUAGUGGAAAAUGUAUACUUACUUGUUUGAAAGAUUUUUGUAAAAUUGAUAACCUGGAAGCUAAGGAGAAGCAGAUGUGUAUAAUAAAUUUAAAAAUGGGAAGGAGGGAAGGAAUGUAUUGCAUGAUACUUCUCACAAUUUGUGUGUUGUUUAGUGGAUUCAGUUUGUGAAAUGCUUAUGAAUGGAAAUAGUAAAUUUGACUAACACGUUUCUACUUUUAAAAAUUAAACAGGUAAUAUCUUUUUAAACAUAUCUAUUAAUAAUUUGAAGUUGUUUCUUAACAAUCACACAUGGCUUCAAUGUAUAGUCUGACUGAACAUUUCUUUCUACAUUCUGUAUUCUUAAUGAAAUCAACUGUGGGUAAAAGAUAGUGUGGCUGAAGUCAAGAAAUGCUGGAAUUGUUACCAUAGAAGGAAGAAGGUUAUACUCUACAUCCUAUUGACACGGAGUUCAUUAGUGAUUUAAAUAUUGUUAUAAUUUUAAGUAUGAAAUAUAAUUUCUGAGUUAUACUUUUUAAUUAAAAAAGUUUUUAGUCCAGUAGAAACAGUAACAGCAUGGUAUAAAAAUCUUUAAGCCAUUCACUUAUAAAAUUUUAGAUUUAUUUUACAAAUGUGCUCUCUCUUGAACUUAAUUUUUGUAAAAAAUUGUGCCCUUAAUUCUGUGAGAAAAUAUCUACACUUACAAUAAAACUUCUGAAUUGUGUAAGUACUAGAACAGACACUAACUAAAAUGUAUGUUUUCACAUCACAGUCUUAGUCUGGUUAAUGUUCGGUUUUCUGUUAUUACUCAGUAUUCUUAGAGUUCAUCGUAAAAUAAAUUCCUGGUGUUACAUUUUGUCAGUUUAGCUUAGGGAGUUGUUUAUUAUAAAUACUCUUUCAACAAAUAGUUAUAUGCUGUUGGGCUUGGCUAGCACUUGGAUGGGUCACUGUUGUGUAUACUGAGCAGAGUUGGCAAGCAGAUGCACUCAACUCUUGUAAGGCAAAUCGAGGAGCUACCUGAUUGAGAAGUAGCAGCUCCGGUCAUGAAAAUGGCCGGGAGAGUGGUAUGCUGACCUCACGCCCCUCCCUAUUUGCAUCCAAUGAUGCCUAUAGUCCUGAGGAUGACACAGCAGUUGGUCAGUAUCAUUGGGUUACAGAGUUAAAAGUGCAUAGGUGGUCACUGAGGCACAGAUGAAUGGUGGGAGACACAUUGGUGCACUUAAAAACCAUGUAAGUUCACAAGAUUUUUCUAAUUUUACCACAUGCACAUGCUGUGGAGGUGAGGGGUAUACAUAGUUGGGUUUGUACUAAAAUUAGAAUAAUAAUUUGAGAGAUGAUGCCUAUUCUUUUACCAUCAUUCAUUUUUAAGUGGCUAUCUGUACUAAUUUUUGAUAGCACAUCUAUCUUAUCAUUCCAGUAUAAUACUCAGUCCUCUGUGGAAUACAAACAAUGUAAAGGUAACCUCUCACCAUACAGUUGAUAAAUCAUAAGGCAUAUGAACACACAGAAUAUUUUAUAAGCAGUCUGCCAGGUUUCCAUAUAAAAUUCCACUCAAGUUUUCAAUAUUUUUGAUGUUAAUUCGCAUAGAAAUAUGAAAGAACGACAGUGUCAUGGAUGAGCACAGAAAUAGUUUCAGCACAUGAUUUUGUUAAAAACCACUCACAGAUUUAAAUUUAAACUCAGUUGUGAAGAGAGAAAAAUUCUGUGACAUGGCGGAUACACAUCUGAUGUUUGUAGACUGUUACACAUUGAAGUUUAAAUUUAUUCCCUUUAUUAUUUUUGUUUUGCUGUAGAGGAUGAAAAUGGAAAAACAAGAGAAACAACUUAUAAUUAAAAAUGCCUCACUUAUUUUCUUCCGCCUAAAUGUCUUACUUCGUUCCAUUAAAUUUCCUUCAAGCAGUACAUAAUUUUCUCAUAUUCAGAAGUCGUGCUGUAGCUCAGUCAUUCUUUUUAAAUUUUUCAUAUGUCUGAAGACUAGUAAAAUACGUUCAGCAUGUCCACUGAGUACUUGUUGGGCAUUAUUUUCUAACAGAAGAUUAAUUUUUCAUAUCUUUAGAGGGACACCUAAUAGGUUUGAACCAUAUUAUGUUAUCCAUAUGUAAAUUAGAUUGUUGUAAAGAUGUUAUUACUGUGGUGAAACUGACAUGGCUGUGGUGCUUCCUGGUUGUACUUCAUUUAGAUGAUGUAUUUGAGGCUAAAUCUGGGCACUGAUGACCAUGCAGUGAUUGCCCCACAAACCUGUCACUAUUGUCUUGAGGGUAAAUCGCAGAUCAUAAAAUAUGGGAGGCUCUGAGCAAUUUACGAGCAUGCAGAAAAGACUAAAAAUUGCAUAUGUUUUGUGUAAAGCCUGGUCAGCUGGCAUGUUUUUGUCUUCAAAAAUCAUCUUUCUCCAAAAUAAUAGUGCUUUCUCUUUUCUUAUUGUUUAACCAUACAUGUUUUGACACCAAUCUGUCAGAUUAUGUGGCUGUCAUUUUCAUUCCUGUAGCUGCAUCAAUAGUGGCCUGCUGUUAGACAUUUCAUAACAUGGACAGCAUGCCAUGUGUUUCAUCAGAUUGUGAAUCAUCAAGUGUGUUUCUUGAGAUAAAUUACGCACAUUCACCCCCCCCCCCCCCCUCUCUCUCUCUCUCUCUCUCUCUCUCUCUCUCUCUCUCUCUCUCUCUCUCUGUGUGUGUGUGUGUGUGUGUGUGUGUGUGUGUGUGUGUGUGUGUGUGUGUUUGGAUUUGGAGAACAUUUAAAGAAAGCUAAGAAAUCUUGCCUACUCUGCAUACUUUUCAAUUAAUGUUUUAUUUUAUUUGGACAACUGUAGGAUGUUAAAGAAGUGGCUGUGUAUAUAAAAGUAAGAAGAGAAAUGACUAAAUAAGUGUUAUGAAUGUCAUAAUGUUACUAACUUCGAAGACUGAAAGCACAGUACUGUGAUUUUUUUUUUUUUUCCCCCUCAGUUGAAAACACAAAUAUAAGACUCACUAAGGUUAAUGAAUGUUGUAUGAAUUUUGUGACUACAUACAACAUUGAUAUUAGUAUUAGAAAUGAAUAAAUAUUUUAUUUUUCUUUUCUUUCUAAAAUUUAAUUUAUUGAGCUUAAAAAGACUGUGUUGAGUAAUACUUUUUCAAUCUUUUUGUAAUUACUUCAACUUUUUUCAAAAUAUGUUUUAUCAAGAUCAACAAAACAAGUAUUACAGUUCCUAUUAGCUUUCUCAUAGUGUUAAUCAGUGUCAACCAUAGUAUUUAAAGUUUACAAAAAGAAAAUAGUCUCAGACAACCAAAUAUUUUGCAUGUGUUAGUCACAGUGCACAGAGGACAAUUUGUUGACGGAAUUUCAGAUGAGUAUUUUUGUAGUGUGUGUGUGUGUGUGUGUGUGUGUGUGUGUGUGUACAUGAAAAAAUUUAUCCAACAAGAGCACUUUUAAUCACAUUUAUUUUAUCAUGGUAACUGAGAAACAUCACACAUUGGGAAUAUUUCCCCCCUCCCAAAAAAAGGUGGAGGAAGGGGAUAAAAUCUAGUUAUUUUUCUAUAUGGUGCACAAGCACAGUAAUGUGGACCUGCCUAUUUUUUCCAUGUCCUAGAUGCUUCUCCUGAAUGUGUUCUGUAAAUCUCAGAAUCUUUUCCCAUGCUUUUCACAACUGAUGAACAGUUUUUGCAUUCUGUGAACUGUUUUCAUUAGAAGUGGAUACUUUGUUAACUUGGAAACUAAAAUAUUUUAUGAACAGUAGACGGUUGGUUGGUUGGUAUAAAAGAGGAAAGGGGGGGGGGGGGGGGGGGGGGGAGGGGGGAGAACAAACUGCUAGGUCAUCGGUCCCAGUAGAAAAUUGCAUUGACUUAUUGGAUAUAUCCAAGCACUCCAGAAAAUGAUCACAUGAGCCCAAUUUUCAUAAGCUGUAAGCUUCCUCCUUCUUAAAUGUGUGCGCAGGGUAUUAAAUAGCAAGUUUGCAGUAUUUAAAGAAAAUUGCACAGUUGUCUCAAUUGAGAGAAUUCUCUGUAACACUUUUCUUACAUCAAGGGGGG